GAUGAAGAUUCAGCCAUUUUGAGUUUCAAACGAGUAGCCUCUGCUUUGGGGGGAGCAGCUAGCCAGCUAGUUACUUUUAUAUCGUCGGAGGAGAGAGUUUAUCGUUUCCACUUCAUCUACGCAGACCGAAGGGUUGUUUAAGAAGAAGAAUUGCUUUCACGGUGUCAAAUCCACGAUGAAUCCUGAAUAUGACUAUUUAUUCAAGCUGCUCUUGAUUGGUGACUCUGGUGUUGGAAAGUCUUGCCUUCUCCUUCGAUUUGCAGAUGACACAUACACAGAAAGCUACAUUAGCACUAUCGGUGUGGACUUCAAAAUAAGAACUAUAGAGUUAGAUGGAAAGACCAUCAAACUUCAAAUUUGGGACACAGCAGGACAGGAGAGGUUUCGCACAAUCACGUCAAGCUACUACAGAGGAGCACACGGCAUUAUUGUUGUCUAUGACGUUACAGACCAGGAGUCCUUCAAUAAUGUUAAACAGUGGCUACAGGAGAUUGACCGCUAUGCCAGUGAAAAUGUUAACAAGUUAUUGGUGGGAAACAAGUGUGACUUAACAACAAAAAAAGUGGUGGACUACACAACGGCAAAGGAAUUUGCUGACUCCCUUGGCAUCCCCUUCUUGGAAACUAGUGCUAAGAACGCCACCAACGUGGAACAGGCCUUCAUGACUAUGGCUGCAGAGAUCAAGAAGAGAAUGGGUCCUGGAGCAACAGCUGGAGGCACUGAGAAGUCCAACGUGAAGAUCCAGAGCACUCCAGUGAAGCCUGCCUCUGGGGGCUGCUGCUGAGGCCACCUCUCGCUUCUUUCCAAAGCCCUGGCCCCCAGAAUCACACAGAACAAGCCCCAGUAAAACCAGAGAAAGACAGGUAGACCACUUACUUACAGAGAGACAAGGGUGAGAUUGAGAGACAGGAAACGAUUUAAGUUGCCUAAAUUGUACUGUAUGUAGCCGCACUACCAAAAACCAUAGAAGAAUCUGCCACCGUCCUGGCCCCUCCCCUUUCACAAGUUAAAAAUGAUAAAAGGUCAGAUUUUUGGUAAUGGUCUGGGGCUGCUUUGAACCACCCUCCUCCCCACCCCCAAAAAGAGAGAUUUCAUUUUCACACAACUGUGUGUCUGUGUGCAGGUUUCUAAGAAAUAUGUGUAUUUAUCUCACUGCAUUCCUACUGCAGGUCUACUGUGGUCAAAAUUCAAUGACUUCUUUUUUCUGUCCUUUUUAUUUCUUACUUUUUCUGUGAUUAUUUUACUGUUUAUAUCGGCAUGUGUAGGUUUUCGUCCCCUUUCCAGGUGUUUGCCAAUCUGCGUUUCAACCAACUGCACAACAGUGGCUGUCCAAUGUCAAAAAGUCUAGUGAAAUAUAUGUACAUAUACAUUAUGUAUAUAUAUGUAAGAUCUGAAUUGCCAGUUCUGUAGAAUUGAAUACAUUAAGUAGUUUUACUUUUGAAUCUUUUGCAUUUAAUUUGUGGCUGCAGACUAUUGUAAUUUUGUUGCGCUACAUGUAACAUUUAACAAACAAGUAAAAUAAAUAUUGUACCACCAGACUGUACAAUAUCAGAUAUGUCUGCAAUUCUUGGUAGAACUUGUAGGAGACCAUGUAUGUGUUUUGAUUAUUUAUUCAGCAUUCAUAUGGACGAAAUAUUGUUCCGGUGAUCUAAAAUCAAUUUCAGAAUAGCCAUUACCUGUGGAAUAUCGUGCAAGUGGCACAACUGCAUAUAAAACACUAUGUUCUCUUUUUUCAUAAUAAAGGCAACUGAAUUCCGCUUUGAA